AUGCUUGUGUAUUUGUCUACUAUGUAGUGUAUGUGUGCGUUCUUAUGGAUACAGAUGUACGUCGACUUGACACCAAGCACAACGCCAUAAAACACAAACCAUCUCCAAGCUCAACAAAGUCACCAUCCAAAGAAUUUGCACCCGCUGCCGUCAUGCAUUUCCUAAUGUUGGUUGAUGUCUUGGACCUCCGUAAAACAAAUCACUUCGACAGGGGACCCAUCCACGUCGUCAGCCUGUGCGGGCCCUGUGUGUAAAUCCUCCUGUAAUA